ACACGCCUCCCCCCAAGCAGCAGCAGCUCUUCUUCCUUCACCCUCCCCUCUGUGAUGUUAUUAUUUGUGUGCUAUUGAGAGAGAACCGCAACUUUACACGCUACACUCUCACGUUACUCAGCAUUAAAACUCAGUAGUAGUCCCUUGUUGUUGGUUACCUUUUCACUCUAAUUUCUCUGGUGCACGUGUUGUUAUACUGUUGGGUAAUGUACUGCGGGUGUUUUGUUGGAGACUGGCCUGUUGCAGAGAGUGAGUUCUGUGGCUUGAAACCCCCUCACUACCCGAAAAUGGCAGCACUGUCGCUAGAAGCUCCGGGCACGACCGAGGGGGCCCGGAUUAGUAUCCACUCCGAAGGCAAGGGUUUGUACGGAGUGACUAAUCCGGAACGGACCUUACCGGAUUUGUUUGAGGAGGGGAGGAAGGUGACUGGGGAUGGGAACUUCCUCGGAACGACCCAAGGAGAGGGAUAUACGUUUGUUUCGUAUAACGAAGCAGAUACGAUACGGAAACAGAUAGGAUCUGCUCUGAUAUUCCGAGGACUUGAGAAAAAUAGUAUGGUAGGAAUCAGCUCACAAAACACAGCGGAGUGGUCCUUACUCUCGCUGGGGUGUGAUGUUCAGGCCAUGACGAUGGUGCCGUUAUACGACACCCUCGGAGAGGAAGGUGUGAAAUACAUCCUCAACCAAUGCGGUCUAACUGUUCUCUUCGCUCAUCCCAAAACUCUGAAAAGUUAUCUUUCGUACCUGCCUGAAACCCAGACAGUAAAGCUCCUUGUAAAGCUGCCCUCUCCUGAUAUCAAAGAGUGUACCCCCGAGGAGCUGAAAGCAGCCGAGGAGCAUGGUGUUGAUCUGGUGACUUGGGAUCAGUUUGUUCAGACUGGGAAGGAUAACCCUGUUGAGCCUAACUUCCCUACUCCUGACGAUGUUUGUACUCUCUGCUACACAAGUGGUACUACGGGUUUCCCGAAAGGAGCGAUGCUGACCCACCGUAACCUAGUGGCCGCAACAGUGAGCGUGAUGACACAGCUUGGUGACUGUGUGAUGAAGAAGGAUGAUGUCCAUGUCUCCUACCUGCCAGCAUCUCACAUCUUCGAGCGUCUGGUUCAAACUUCCAUGAUUCUGGUGGGAGCAAGCAUCGGUUUUUGGGAGGGUGAUGUCAAGAAACUAGCAAUAAACAUGCAGGCUCUGAAACCCUCUUUUUUCCCUGCGGUACCCAGAAUCCUAAACAGGUUGUAUGACAAGGUCAUGACUGAGGUGGGAGCUUCUAAACUAAAGUCCGCUCUCUUCAACUUUGCGCUCAACAGUAAGAUGAAGGGUGUCGAGGCUGGAUAUGUUACAAAGAGCUCCAUGUGGGACUAUGUUAUCUUCAAGAAGAUCCAGAAUAUGUUAGGAGGCAACAUAAGGGUGAUCGCUGUUGGUGCUGCCCCAAUCAAACCUCAAAUUCUCCAAUUCUUCAGAGCAGCUUUAGGCGCAUCCGUGUUUGAGGGCUACGGACAGACGGAAUGCUGCGGGGCUUGUACUGUGACCCACUACUCUGACCACUCUGUUGGUCACGUGGGAGGUGUUCUGGACACGUGCCAGAUUAAGUUGAUGAGCGUGGAGGAGAUGGGAUACCUGGCGUCCGAGAACAAGGGGGAGGUCUGUAUCAAGGGCAUCAACGUCUUCAAGGGAUACUAUAAAAACGAGGAGAAGACAAAAGAAACAGUGGAUGAGGACGGGUGGUUACAUACCGGGGAUAUCGGAGAGUGGACUGAGGAUUGGGCCCUCCGGAUCAUCGACAGGAAGAAGAACAUAUUCAAACUCAGCCAGGGAGAAUACAUUGCUCCGGAGAAGAUCGAGCUGUUGUACGACAGAUCACCGCUUGUAGGUCAGUGCAUGAUCUACGGGCACUCCCUGAAGAGCAACUUGGUUGCUAUAGUUGUACCGGAUGAGCUAGCCACAGCUUCCUGGGCUGAUAGUAAAGGUAUUAAGGGGAGUUACGAGGAGCUGUGCAAGACAGACGACUUGAAGGACGAGAUCGUGAAACAGGUAAACGAAAAAGGACGUGCCGGUGGAUUAAAAAGUUUCGAGUUUGCCAAGAAAAUACAUCUUUCACACGAACCCUUCACUGUUGAGAACGAUCUGACUACCCCUACAUUCAAACUGAAACGACACAAUAUCGUUAAAUAUUAUAAGGAGGAAAUAGACACAAUAUAUGAGGGAUUGGAUUAAAUCACUACGGAAAUAAAGAUCAAAUACUGAACGAAAUAUUUUGAAAAUUGAAAACUUGUGCAGAUAUUUUACUUCGAUGACAUAUUUUACAUAAUGACACAAUAUUAACGAAGCAUAUUAAAUUUUGUAGAUAUUAUAAUUUCUCUUCAGAUAGGAUCGCAGAAUUAUAUUUUUAUACUGCUAACUGUUUUAAUUUAGUAUGAUUGUGCACGAUUUACCCUAAAUUAUUAGCUUUGGGACUUUAUGUGCGUAUUUUGUUACAAAUUGGGUAAAUUUAUGUGGGGUAGUUGUGAAAUUAUAAAUUCUACAAUCUAUCUGAUGUUAUAAAUAUGGAAUGUGACUUUAAAGCCCUUAUUUUAUACCACUACCAGUCAGGUUGUAAUUAAUUUCUUUGUGUAUAGUAUUAUAUAUCGCAUGUUUGGUAAAGUAAAAGAGAAGUUUUUCUAAAAUUUCUCUAAAUUCAAUACACGAGUACCGAUACAUAUUUAUAUCAGGUUCUAUUUUUCAUUAUCAAUUAUUAAAUCUGACAUUAAAGUGAUAUGUCGCAGUAUAUUGUUAACACUAAAUGUGAACUAAAAAGUGAUCAUAUUCAAUUCAUGUACCGUUCUUCGGUUUCAUUAAAGUUUAAAAAAGAAAA